AUGAUCCAAAAAAUUGGUGGUGUGGCUCACACAUAUUAUUGUGAUGUUAGUCAAAAACACCAGAUAUAUCAAGUUGGUGAGAGAGUCAAGAAAGAAGUUGGAGAUGUAACUAUUUUGGUCAAUAAUGCUGGUGUGGUCAUAGGCAAAGGUUUUAUGGAUUGCCCUGAUGAUGAAAUUCUUAAUUCUUUCAAUGUGAAUAUAUUAUCCUACUUCUGGACAAUCAAAUGUUUUCUGCCCAAAAUGAUAGAAAAUAACCAUGGUCAUAUUGUGAACAUGUCUAGCUCACUUGGAUUAACUGGCCUCAACAAACUCACAGAUUAUUGUUCAACCAAAUUUGCUGUGGUCGGUUUCAAUGAAGUGCUUAGUUAUGAGCUUAAACAUGACCUUCACAAUGGAAUAAAGACAACACUUAUCUGCCCACAGUGUGUUGACACAGAUAUGUUUAAAGGUUGUAAUAUAAGGUUUCCAUCAAUCUGUCCAUUCAUGGAAGUUGACUAUGUAGUCAAGAAGAGUAUAACAGCUAUCCUCACUGAUCAAUAUAUGCUCUGUCUACCAAGACUUGUCUACUUCCAGGCAGCCUUGAAAUCAUUAUUACCAGCAGAUUCCUGGAUUGAAACAUGCAAGUUUCUGGGGACCAUGACAUUCAUGGAUAGUUUUAUUGGGAAUAAAAAGAAAUGUACUUGCUAA